AUGCCUAACUUCUUCGGAGGGGUCACUGGAAGGGGUGUUUCGACUCUUUUUGAAAUACGUCUUGACGAGGAAAUUAUUGUGCUUCGAGGAGGCGAAAAUGAAGCUUCAAGUCAAUUGCUCAAGGGAUCGGUAGUCUUGUGUCUGCCAGCUGCUUUGAAAGUUGAGGAUGUACAUCUUCGUAUGACGGGCCAACUGAAAGUUGGUUGGAACGAUCAGCGCGUUACUCCUACCGGUAUUUCGAAUAAUCGAGUCGACAAAACUAUAGAAAUUUUCACUCAUAGAUGGGCUCCUUUUGUGGGUGGAGGAGGGCCAGGUUCUUCCUCAAAGGGAUUGCUUCUACCAGCAGGAAACUAUGAAUGGCCAUUCGAGCUCGUCAUACCAGGAUCUAUGUCGGAAAGUGUGGAGGGAUUGAAUGACAGUCACAUCAUUUACAAACUGAAAGCAACGGUCGCUAGAGGAAAAUUGGCAUACGAUUUACAUGCUUGGAAGCCGGUGCGAAUCGUCCGAACCUUAGAUCCAUCAGCAUUAGAAUUGGCCCAUGCCAUGACGGUCGAGAACAUCUGGCCCAACAAAAUCGAAUACCAGCUAGUCAUUCCACAAAAGGCUAUCGUCUUUGGUACCGCCAUCACCAUCGAGAUGAGAUUCACCUCCUUACUAAAGGGUUUGAAAAUUGGCAAGAUAAAGUGUCAUUUGAUCGAAGUACAAGAAUUCUUGCUUCCAGGAACUUCUACGACGUCGGAUAGAUAUUGGAAGCAUUCGAGAGAUGUGGAUGCCUGGACUUUUGAGUUAAACGAAGAAGAGCAUUACCAAGAUAUGCUUGACGAAAGUGGACAAGAUGGUUACAAGAUGACAGAAUUGAUGCCAUUGCCAAAGAGGUUGAGCAGAUGCGUACAAGAUGUUGACGUUCACGGUAUUAAAAUCCGCCACAAGCUCCGCGCAACAUUACCAGUCACAAUUUUCAUUUCCCCCAACAUGCCAUUGACUGCCGAGGGUGCUCUUGUGGAUCAGACACCAACAAAUAAUGCUCAGUCAGCCGCAGUAUCAGCACACGCGCCUCCUCUUUAUGGAGAGCACGUAUUAGAUCAACUUUAUGCCGAUAUGGACCAAUCUGGAAUAAUGACUCCUAUGCCGCAAUCUGGAAUGAAUACCCCAUUUUAUGCCCAGUCUCGAGCAGGUUCAUCGGAAAAUCUUGCCUCUAUGGAUGCUCCUCAUCCAGCGGGUGCAGUCCCUCCUGCAGCAUUGUCAUCUAGGCUUCAAAGUUUAAACACAAAUUUAAGCGCUAGUCGCAGAAAUAGCAGCUUCCUAAGACGAUAUGGAGGAUCUGGUUCUGGAGGAAACACUCCUCACCCUAACGAUGACCAUCAGGGAAGUUAUUUUGAUUCACAUCACGGCCAUUCUGCCUCUGCAACUGCUAGAAGUAAUCCCCUUAGCAGACGAGGAAGUUUUAACGAUGAUCAUCAUGCGGAUGCCACUCAUACUACCAUGAGCAGUGGAUACCAUACCCCAGAACAUUUGGAUUACAACGAAAUGGGGGAUUUGACCAAAGUUCCCUCAUAUACCACAGCCCUCAAAACACCAGUGAGAGGAAUGAGCUAUACCGAUGCGCUACCCAAUUACGAAUCUGCCGUCUCGGCACCUCCAAGCCCUACAUUACUUGCGAGCACUAGCCCAAACACACCCCAUGAGCACUCACUGGACGCUGGGCAUCCUCAUUCGUUUUCACAUUCAAAUUCACAUUCACAUUCACACUCCAAUUCACAUACACAUGCAGAUACGCAUAGACAUCACGGACCCGGGUUUUUGAGGAGAAACCCAUUCUCUCAUAUGGGGUUCACACCGUUACAUCCACCAGCACCAGUACAUUUAGGAGAAGGGGAUGAAAGGAGAAGAUUGCAUUUGUUGCAGCACAGAGAUAGGGUACAUUGA